AUGAAUAAUAAUAAUCAAAUCGAAAUCGAUCUCAGUCAACUUCGAGAUCCAUCAGGAAUUUUUGAACUGAUCGAAGUUGUUGGUAAUGGAACAUAUGGACAAGUUUAUAAAGGUCGUCAUACAAAAACUGGGCAAUUGGCUGCAAUCAAAGUAAUGGAUGUAACACAAGAUGAAGAAGAAGAAAUUAAAUUAGAAGUUAAUGUUUUGAAAAAAUAUUCAAAUCAUCGAAAUAUUGCAAUGUAUUAUGGUGCCUUUAUUAAUAAAUGUAUUCCAGGAAGAAAUGAACAUGAUCAAUUAUGGUUGGUUAUGGAAUAUUGUGGUGCUGGUUCAAUAACUGAUCUGGUCAAAUCAACAAAAGGAAAUUCCUUAAAAGAAGAAUGGAUCUCAUAUAUUAGUAAAGAAAUUAUUAAUGGUUUAAAUCAUCUUCAUUUAAAUAAAAUUAUUCAUCGAGAUAUUAAAGGACAAAAUGUUUUAUUAACUGAAAAUGCUGAAGUGAAAUUAGUUGAUUUUGGUGUAUCUGCUCAACUUGAUCGAACAAUUGGAAGAAGAAAUACAUUCAUUGGAACACCUUAUUGGAUGGCACCUGAAGUAAUCGCUUGUGAUGAAAAUCCUCAAGCAACAUAUGAUAAUCGAAGUGAUAUUUGGUCAUUGGGUAUAACAGCAAUUGAAAUGGCUGAAGGACAACCACCAUUAUGUGAAAUGCAUCCAAUGAGAGCAUUGUUUUUAAUUCCAAGAAAUGUUGCACCACGUUUAAAAUCCAAAUGGUCAAAAAAGUUUCAUAAUUUUGUUGAAUCAUGUUUAAUAAAAGAUUAUUUAAUGCGUUCGAACUGUGAACAAUUAUUAAAACAUUCGUUUAUUCGUGAUUGUCAAGAAAAACAAGUGAAACUUCAAAUCAAAGAAUAUUUAGAUAAAACAAAAAAGUUUCGUCGUUCAUCAACUCAUUCACAACAAAUCAAUAAAGAAGAAAUUCAUCAUCAAGCAGCACAACAACAACAACAACAACAGCAACAACAAGUCACGUCGAAGAAAUCUGAUGAUGAAGAUGAAGAUGACGAUGAUGAUGAUGAUGAACAUGAUCAAAUACCUUUUGACCAAAAUCAAUUAAUCAAUGAACAAUUUACACAAAAAGAAAAUAAUUUAAAUACUUUAAGACAAAAUUUUAAAUCAGUUCAACAUUCAACUGAUCAACAAUCAAAUCGUGAUGAAGAAGAAUAUCGUCGUCCACCAUUUCCAUCAUUACCAGGUCCACCAAUAGCACUUCCACGACAAACAGAUGAUUUAGUUGCUGUUGUUGAAAAAUUAAAUGAAUUAGCACGAAAUGAUUCUGAUUUAGAUGAAGAAACAGAUUUUGAUGAUUCAUUGAGAGAAAUCAAUUGUACACAAGAUGAAUUUAUUAAUAUAAAUAAUCCCAAACGUGUUUUACCUGAUCUUUUAUCAAAUCAAUCAAUUCAUUUACUUGAUCAAACCCAAUCACAUGAAUAUCGACAAGCAGUAUGUAAUGCACCACAACGAACAACAUCAAUUAUUGCUUCACCUAUUCAAAAUCUUAAUAAAGAUUCCAAUUUUAAUAAAAGAUCUUCACAAAUUGAUGUCAAUGUUUCACCAAAUCUCGAUGAAAAUGAUCAAUUCAAAUGUAAUGCACCUGAAAUAAGAAAAUAUAAAAAACGAUUUAAUUGUCAUAUUCUAUGUGCAGCUUUAUGGGGUGUCAAUUUAUUAAUUGGAACUGAAAAUGGUUUAAUGUUAUUAGAUCGAAGUGGAGAAGGAAAAGUUUAUUCGUUAAUAAAAGGACGAAGAUUUGAACAAUUAAGUGUUUUAGAAUCACAAAAUAUUCUUUUAACAAUAAGUGGAAAGAAAAAUAAAAUUCGUCUUUAUUAUCUUUCAUUUUUAAAAAAUAAAAUUGUUAAAACACAAUCCAAUGAUCCUAAACGACAUCAUUUUACUAAUCUUGGUGAAUUACAAGGUGCAAAACAUUUCAAAAUCGUUAAAUAUGAACGAAUUAAAUUCUUAAUUGUUGCUUUAUAUGAUUCAAUUGAAGUCUAUGCUUGGGCACCAAAACCUUACCAUAAAUUUAUGACAUUUAAAGUUUUUUCUCAAUUACCAUAUCAUCCUUUAUUAGUUGAUUUAACAAUUGAAGAAGGUUCACGUUUAAAAGUUAUUUAUGGUUCAUCAUAUGGUUUUCAUGCAAUUGAUCUUGAUACUUCAAAUCAAAUUGAUAUUUAUUUACCACCACAAUUAAAUGAUUGUGUUGAACCACAUGCAAUUAUUGUUCUUCCAAAUACAAAUGGAAUUCAACUUCUUCUCUGUUACAAUAAUGAAGGUGUUUAUUGUGAUACAUAUGGAAAAAGAACAAAAGAUAUUUUAUUACAAUGGGGAGAAUUACCAACGUCUGUUGCAUAUAUAAGUAAUGGAAAAGUAAUGGGAUGGGGAAAUAAAGCUAUUGAAAUACGAAAUGUGGAUUCAGCAACAUUAGAUGGAGUUUUUAUGCAUAAAAGGGCACAAAAAUUAAAAUAUUUAUGUGAAAAGAAUGAAAAAGUGUUUUUCUCAUCAAUUCGUAAUGGAUCAUCUUGUCAGAUUUAUUUUAUGGCAUUGAAUAAAAUGAGUUCAUGGGACGAUAGAAUGGUUGAUAAUGAUGAAUAUAUAAAUGAUAAUUUAAUGAUCAAUUAUGAAACAAAAAGAUUUUCUUUGGAUAAUUCUUGUCAUUCAAAUCGAAAUACAUCAGAUAUUCAAUUUCAUUCAAGAAAUCAUCUCAAUCAAAGACGACGUUCAACAAGACAAUCAUCAAAAGAUAAUUCAAAUGAAGAUGGUCAUGGAGGAAUCAAUCAAUUAGGUGGAUUAUUUGUUAAUGGUCGACCUUUACCUGAUGUUGUUCGACAACAAAUUGUUGCUUUAAAUCAACAAGGAAUUCGGCCAUGUGAUAUUUCCAGACAAUUAAAAGUUUCACAUGGUUGUGUUUCCAAAAUUCUCGGAAGAUAUCUUCAAACAGGUUCUAUUCGACCAGGUGUUAUUGGAGGAUCGAAACCCAAAGUUGCUACACCAAAAGUAAUCAAUGCAAUAACAAAUUAUAAAAAAGCUCAACCAACAAUGUUUGCGUGGGAAAUAAAAUCGAAAUUGAUCAAUGAUGGUAUUUGUGAUGAAAAAAGUGCUCCAUCAGUUUCAUCGAUCAAUCGAAUUGUUCGAACAAAAGCAGAAAAAUGUUGUUCAAAUAAAAUUGAAGAAACAAAUCAUGGAGAAAGCAAUGGAAGAAUCACAGAUUGUCAUUCAUCAACAAAUUCAAGUGAUUCAAUUCAUUUAGAUAAUAAUUAUCAAGAACAAUUUCAAACAACUUGGAAUCAUCAAGAGAAUAUUUAUCAAAAAGAUUCACCGGAUUCCAUUUUAAUAACAGUUGAAGAAGAAAAAGCGUCGAUUUUAGAAAAUUUUUAUCAACAAAAUCCUUUUGCUGAUUUUUCUCAAAUGGAUGAAAUUCAACAAAGAACACAACUUGAUGAACAAAUUAUUCGACAUUAUUUUGAUAGUGUUCGAAAUCAUCAAUGGCCAAGUCAAUCUUCAUAUUAUUGUUCAAAUUCUCAUGAACUUUAUCCAAUUGAAUCCAAUCCCAAUGUGAUUUGUUCGAAUUCGACUCCAAUUUUAUUAGAUUCUCGAAUCUCCAUAUCACCACAAUCAAUUCUUUCUUUUGAACAAAUGUCAAUUAUUCAAAAUCAACGAGAUGAAAGAUUACCUAAAGAAGAAUCUUCAAUUAUCAUCAAAGAAAAUAAUUUAACAAAUAAAUCAAUGAUUUUAUUAAAUUAUCCUCAAAUUUUUUCUUCUUCAACUUCAUCAAGUCCAACUGAUAUAGAUAAUUCUAGACAAGAUUCGAUUCAUUUUCAACGUCAAUCUCCUCAACAAGCUCAAUCAUCGACAACUCAACAACAAGCAAAUACUCUUUAUACAGAUUUAACACCUGUUAUGAAUUCAACUCCAUUACCAUCAUUUGAAACAUUAAAUCGAUCUGAAUGUUAUUUUUAUAAUCAACAAUCAUCAGAUGAAUUAUGGCGAUCGAAAUCUUCGAAUAAAUCCAAUUAA